AUGGACUCUCCACGGAGGUCCCGGAACCGCGCCGCGUGUCGCCGCUGCCAGAGACGGAAAAUCCGAUGCGACGGGGGACUUCCACAAUGUUCGUCAUGUCGAAAAAUCGGCGUCGCCUGUAUCAAUGAUGGGAAGCAGGAGGUCAACCGCACCUACAUCGCGAAUCUACAAAAGCGAAUACAGUGGCUGGAAUCCUUGGUCAAGGAACAGGAUUCUAGCAUCCGCCUUGAAGAUGGUCCACGGGUAGAUGAGACAGAUAUCUCACUACUUGACUCUACAGACGGGCCGACACAACCUGAGCAUGCUGUUUCCGAGGCUGGCAACAGCCAACGAUCAAUAACUCUUUCGCACCAGGGGCAGCCUCCGAGGCCAAACGAUCACCAACCAUCUGGCACACAAUCAAGACCGGCCCAUGAAAUUGGCCUUGUAUCCCUUUCUUCGGGAGGUGAACCGAGAUACAUCGGCCCUUCUAGCGGCUACUUUCUGGCGAAUCUCGUGUUCUCGAGUGCUGGUCGACGAACCGCACCUUCAGGAAACAAUGGCAGUUUGACCCAGCCAAUGUCGUUGUCGAGCGAGAUUUUUAACAGUCCAGCUCCCUUACCACACCGCAAGGAAGAUGCCAUUGAACUUUCUUCGAAGUACUUUGCUUCCGUGCACCUGAUGUACCCAUUCCUUCAUGAACCCUCACACAUGGCACGCCUCGAGAAGCUGUACAACAAUGGGACAACAGAAUGCGAUCCAGUGGAUGCAUUUCAAGUAUUCAUGGUUCUCGCCAUAUCCGCCUCGGAUCUUUCCAGGCGGUUCAGACUGCCCCUACCUGCUGAAGGAUACUACACGGCAGCCACACAACAUUUCGAACGUGCAUGUGCUGAAGGCACCCUAGAAGGACUGCAGAGCCUGCUGUUGCUGAUGGUAUAUGGACUACACAAUCCAUCCUGUGAUAUCAAUGUUUGGAGCUUGAACUAUCAGUGCUUGGGUGCACUUAUUGAUUUGGGCCUUCAACGUGACGUCCGCGCAUCAUCCACAUUUUCUAUCUCAUUUCUGGAACAGGAGAUGAGGACUCGAAUAUUCUGGGUGGUGUAUAGCUUUGAUCGCACGCUGGGAACAAUGAUGGGUCGACCGAUCGGAGUGCGAGACGAAGCUUGCGAACUUCGGCUUCCUUUAGAUAUUUCCGAUUCGCAGCUCGGCGAGAAAAUCACUCAAGAAAGGUCACAACCGGAAGCGCCAUCUCAUAUGACUUUUUCCAUUCAUCUAUUCAAACUCGCACGCAUAAAUUCCGAGAUCAAAUAUGUUAUGCAUAGCAUCUGCAGAGAUGCUCCUCAAUAUGCCUACCCACCGGUCACCGAUAUCCACCUAUGGCAAAAGGAGAUGAUUGUCCGUCUCCAGUCAUGGCGUACAGAAAUCCCCAGUGCAUCUGGACCGGGGGCAAUUGCAAAGAUUUGCGAAACCAAGUAUCAUGAAAUGAUGAUCUUGAUCCUGAGACCUAGUCCCGGUAUCCCAGAACCAGCAGACGAUAUGCUCAUGCAAUGUUUCCAACAUACCGUGGAUCUACUUCGUGGAUUUGGCGAGCUAUACCGACAGGAGACACUGUUGUAUAGCAGGCUAAUUGUUCACUCAAUCUUCUUGAGUACACUCAUUAUGCUGCACUGCUUGUGGAGACUCCCUACUGUUGCCUCUGAAGUGCAGAUUGAUGAGGUAGUAGCCGAUACGAGUAUCAGCUUGAAUAUCCUCAGCAGCAUCGGAGAAUACUGGAAUGAAGCUAAGCGAGCAAGAGAUUGUAUCCACGAGCUAUCUGGAGCAACAUUCCAGAGGCUGAUCAAAAUGCGAAGCUUGGAAGCCCCCCUAACUCGCUCACACAAAACAGGAGCAAUCGUCUUUCCGGGAGAGGGCAACGAUUACAAAAUGCAAAUGAAGCAGGUCUCCUGCCGCCAGCGCCUUGCCCUGACACGGCUAGUGAGGAUUUGCCGGUAA